UGCUCCGGCCUUGGGGAAGGCCAGCGAGCAGCGCAGCGUUUCAGUAGGGCCUCAGGCCAUGGCCUCGCUGCGCCGGGCCAGCCCCAGGCUGAGGAAAUACUUCAAGGAGAACUACGUUCCUCAGGUCUGCGAGGCUCUGUUAUGUGGUCUACUUGUUACAUGUCCUGAGGAUCCUCUGAGGUAUUUAGAGGAAAUGAUCAUUGGAAUAAUGGAAAACGGUCUUGAAACUCUACUCUGGGAUAUGUGCGUUGAUCCAUUAAUGAAACCAAAAAUUCGGAGACUGUCUCAAACUUACCUGGAACAACUUUUUGGACUGGAUGAUCAGCUGGUGACUCCAGAAUUAAUGAUAAAAGCAUGUAAUUUUUAUAAUGGGCGUUUACUGAAGACCCACUUUUACACAUGGAGAGAGAUAGCAAUACCUCCUACAAAUGAAGAUGACAUUCUGGCUGAAAAAAUGGGAGCAGCAAUAGUAUAUGACAAUUUCAGACUUAAAAAACAUGUAUUACACCACUGGCACUCUUAUGUGAAAAAUAGAAAAGAACAACUUAGAGAUGCACUAUUGCGGAUACAAAAGAUGUUCCACUGCUACAAGAUGAUAAUUACCCUAAAUAAAUGGAGGGAUAGAGCAAGACAUAAGUUUAAAAAGAGAGAAGAUGAGCUGAUGCUAAAGCAUGAACUUCAAUUACAAAAAUUCUCCAAGUUAAAAUUCAAAACAAGCUCUAAAGAAGAACACGUUUUUCCUGAACAAUUUGUGUCUGAAGGCUUUCUUGUAGGUGGGAUUACUGAAUUUGACAUUUCACAGUUACCCAAAAGAGCAAUAUUACAGAUUUUCUCCUACCUCAGUUUAAGAGAUGUGAUAAUAUGUGGUCAAGUUAAUCGCUCCUGGUUGUUGAUGACACAAAUGGGCUCAUUGUGGAAUGGUGUAAGUAGACACUACCUGAAGCAAUGUCUUUAUUUUAGUUCUUAAAGGAGAAGAGACUGCUCUAAGGCCACCUUAUAGCAGUAAUGGGGACUACCUUCUUCCCUGCUCCACAACAUGGGAUCACAAAAAGGAGGUACGCUUGUUUAACUUUUGUCCAGGCACAGCCUGAAGGAAAAGAUAAAAAAUGUUAUUUGAAGAGAUUUGAUAGAAGUAUUUUCUAAUUUAAAUAGUAGAAAUAAAUUGAAUAUUAUUUUUUGGAUUUAAAUAAAGCUCUAUUAUGUCUGAGUUAGGCUUAACAUUGCCUUACUCAAGGAGCUCCAGAGAUAAACCAAGCAAAAUGCAAGAAAGGUGCUUACUGUAGAAUCUGACAUGUGGGCAGCACUCAAUAAAUAUUAGCUACUGUUCUUAGUUCAAAAAAACACAACAAAGCAGCACAAAAUAUGGAGUAAAAGAGAAGAAGAAAAAAACUACUGAGCUUGAAAUCAGGCUAAAAUAGACAACAUGUAAACAAAGCUUGUUUGAUAAUUCUUGGUGUGUUUGCAUGCACAUCCACAUAUACACACUCAGGCAUAUUCUAAUGUGGACUCCCAGGCUCAUGUCUCUUGUAUUAUUCUUGUCAUUGCACUAUAUUUAUACUAUUCGCAUAAAACAGAACAUGCUUUAUUUUUCAUUCCAAAGAAACACUGAGUGGUAGGUCUUAGCCAAUGAUAAAAAUAAGCAUGUAUUGUCCUUGAUGACCUUUCUUUUCUUUUUCUUGGAUGACUGCUUUAAUCUUAAUAACUGAUCAUUUAUGCCAUCAACAAAUGUUGGAGUGGCAACAUUUUCCUUGUUGCCUAUGUCCAGUCAAUAGCUGACUUUACCACUCCUCCUUAAUUGCUAUUGAUUAGAGGACUAAUGAUAUCAUGUGCUCAGACUGACCUAUGAAUAGGUGAUUGGGGUCAUUCUGCAGAAACUUUGACAAAGAACCCAAGAGGAGUUGGCAAGGUACAAGGAAUCUAGCUCCAUAAUCAACUCAGCAUCUUUACAUCCCAUCAGAGCACCAUUCCAUUCUUGACUAUAGUGUUAUACUCUUACCUUAUGUAGCAAUGAUAAUUUUUAAAAAUGUGCUCAUCUUAAUUAACACCUCUUAGCUACUAAAUUUAGUAUUUUUGUCUUAGACGUAAUUUUUAGUUGAAGGCAGGGAUUCUUAAACUUGAGAAUGCAUCAGAAUCAUUGGAAGGGAUUGUUACAUUGCU